CUUAAAAUAAGGCAGAAAAUGAUCAUGGUUGUUAAGAUGCUAAUUAAUUUAAUAUUAACUAUUGUUCUUUUGACUAAAGUAAAUGGUUUAAAAAUGCCUUCAAGUUCAAACGACAUAGGGGAGGGAGAUCACUUUCAACCUUGUCAAAUAUGGAUUAAAUGCGGAACAAAGGAUAAAGCCGCACGUGAUGAGUUUGAUGCAUGCUUAAAGCUGGUACCAGAUGAUAAAAUGAAGAAGUUUAUAAAGGCUAUGUCAAAUUGCGCCAAAAUAGAAUGGAAAGACGUAGAAGCAACAUAUAUUGAUUUCUGUGUCAUGGAUCGUGAAAAGCAGCAUGAACUUUUCGUCGAACUUGUGCAGAUCGUACUAGAGGAGUACUCAGAGACAUGUGCUAAUCCUAUCCAAGCUAAUACAUGCACAAAAAUGAUAGAGAUAAACGAAUGUUUUAUAGGUGUAUUGAACAGAGUUCAUGCUGAAGGAAAAUGCUGA